GCUUCACUUCAAACGCCGCCGCUGUCGCCUGCCACAUCGCCCCGCCCACCGCACGCUCUGGACCAUUCUCGUCAAAGCAUGAUCACCACCACCCGCUAGAACACCACCGUCGAGACCAGCGCCAACAUGGGCGACGUCGUCCCUAUCCUGCUGAGCUUUCCGCCAGAGAAGGCCAGCACAUCGCCCAAAGUCUACGACAAGGCCGCCCGCGAAUAUAUCAAGAGCUUGGACGAUAUCCCCGAUGCCUCCUUCACCAAGCUCGUUGAGAAGAAGAAUGUGCUCACAUUCCUUGAUCCGGCUGUCAACUCGAUCGGCUAUCUCCGCACAUUGAUCAAGCAGAUACAAGGCACGCGAGACAAGAAGCAACUCGAUAAUCUCGAUGAACUCGCUGUCGUUUUCUUUGGCACAUUCGAUCCGGUACAGGUGCGAUAUGUUGGCGAAGACUUUAUGCUGCUAUGGGAUUGGGUGUACAAAGGCCUGCAAGAGAACGGCGAGACCGAUUUGACACCACUCGUCAACUCGUUAGUGCGACUCGAUCCUACUUCGGCAACCUUCAUACCGGCACACCUGUACAUCUUGAGACUGUGCCUAGCGCGAAGCAUACCCAGUCUGGCACUUCCCAUCUUAGACACCGAUGUCGCUGCCUUUCCUUCCAAGAGCACAAAGGGUGUGUCUGAGGAGCUGCCAUGUGACGAACACGAGCUCAGCAAUGCAUGGAUCACAGAAAAGAGUGGCUUUGCGAAAGACCUAAAGUCUACACAUGUGCUCGAGUACUAUCUGCUUGGCGCAUCUAUCUACAUCGGCAUGCACAACUGGAGCCGUGCCCGAUUGUUCCUGGAGUACGUCCUCCUCUCACCGUCCCAGUCGCACACCGCCAGCGCACUGCAGGUAGAGGCAUACAAGAAAUGGGUACUGGUGGGACUGAUAGCGAACGGGAGACCAUUCUCUGAGCCAAAGACACACGAUCAGGUAAUCUGGAAAGCCCUGAAGAGCUGUUCGAAAAUGUACGAUGAGCUUGCGACAGACUUCAUGCAGCGCAACACGAGGAAAUUCCAAGCCGAUGCCGAAACAGGGGUCGAAUUGAUUCAGGAUGAUGGCAAUUUCGGGCUCGUGAAAGAGGUGGUGGAUGCUUUGAAGCGCUUCCGGGUCAUAGACCUGCAGCAGACAUACGCGGCAAUCGGCGUGACUCGCAUGGCCAGUCUGCUCGAACUAGAUCCGGGCGAGGCUUUGCAGCUUCUUCAGUCUAUGAUCCAGGAUGGCCACCUCAGUGCCAGUCUUUCAGGCGCUGGUGCUGACACGGUACUGCGUUUCCACGAUGCUGAGCCUUCGAACUCUCAGUCCGAUUUGGAAGCUCAGACAUUCCGCAUCCAGGCCUUGGUGGCACAGAUCCGGGAUGCAGACCGGCGACUCCAGUUGACGAAAGAGUAUGUCGACUACCAAAAACGAAUCACCCGUGGACUCGACGGUGAUCCUGCGGAUGCUAUGGACCUCACGUGGGACGGACCACCGGGAGUACCUCUCGCGGAAGGUGAAGACGAAGAUUUGAUGCUCUGAAGGGGCACAGUCACAAGUACGAUGUCAUGAUGAUGGUUUAGCGAGGCGUUCCCAUGCAUGAAAAGGGGCGGAGGGCCAUACAAGUUCGCGCACGAUUCUUUCUUGAUGCAUAGACUGGCCACGGUCGAGCUGAUCACGACGUGUGAGCACUGCAUCUAGCUGUAGAAGUAGAUAUGACUGAAAGCAGGCAGUCUACAUCCAUCUCGCGGAUAGUAGUAAGUCGAAUGCAAAUUCUGCUCGGACUUUCCAUUGCCUUCACUUUGAUGGCGCGGCUUCAUAACUCACAGCAGC